UUCACUUUGCAUACAUCCCUUCUCAUUCAUCUUCUCACACCCAGACUGCCCAGUUCUGGUCAGGGACGGCCGGCGUAUCGUUGGGGGGGCGUUGGCGGCCGAGGACAAGUGGGUCUGGCAGGUCAGCAUGCAGUGGAGAGGGAGACACGUCUGUGGGGGUGCCAUCAUCUCCCCUCGCUGGGUCAUCACUGCAGCUCACUGCUUUGUUGAGAACAUGCUUGAAGUGGCCAACUGGCUGGUGGUGGUGGACACGGUCAGCAUCGCAGACAGCUCUCUGGGGAAACGUUACAGAGCACUGCAGGUCCUCUACCACCCUCUCUAUAACAGACACAACAACGACUAUGACGUGGGCCUGCUGCGCACCAUCUCUGACAUGGACAUGACAGGUGGGGUGCGACCGGUCUGUUUACCCAGUCCGAGAGAGUCCUUUCCUCCUGGAGCGGCCUGUUGGAUCACAGGCUGGGGAUAUACUUAUGAACAAGGCUAUGUGAGCGAUGACCUAAGGCAGGCUCAGGUCAAGAUAAUAGCUCAACCAGUAUGCUCCGAGCCGAGCGUCUACGGCACGUUCCUAACUCCUCGCAUGAUUUGUGCUGGCACCAUGGAAGGAGGAGUGGACUCCUGCCAGGGAGACAGUGGUGGACCGCUGGUGUGUGAGACAGCCAGUGGGGACUGGAGGCUGGCGGGGGUGGUGAGCUGGGGAGAGGGCUGUGGACGACGCAAUAAACCCGGCGUCUACAGCAGAGUAACCCAACUGAUCCACUGGGUUAAAAGAUAUGCGGAGGACAAACCAGAGGAAUUGGAGGAGAACACGACAGCCAUCACUGAUACCUCACAAGAACCUGACACAUAUAACUGACAAUAAAG